CACGCAGGCCUUGACUACCCGAAUCAAUGGAGAGGGCGGGGCGAUCCCCGCUCAGCGUGGGGCAAUUCGAACUGAGGGAGGCGGGGAUUGGCUGAGCCGGGCAGGAGGGAGGAAAUCACGGUGCGAUAGGCAUAAGUCAUGUGAUUGGCAGGCGGAAGGCUCCGCGUCCUAUUUCCAUUGAGAAACGCUGUUUAGACGGCGAAAUCGUAAGGAUGGGAGGGGCCGUCGUGUAAGGAGAGAUCGCAGUCUCCGGUGGGAAGUAGGAUUUGCGUGAGGAACAAUUGUGAGCUGCGGUUGCAAGGCAGAGUUUGCGCCAUUGGGUGGAACUGAAAAUUAACUGGCUAACGGCUCAAGACCGAAAGCACUAGGAAUCCUCAGGAAGCCGGGUUUUGGUAAUCUAACUCCCUAAAACCACCAAUAAAAUAGCUGAAUUUAACGGCGUAAAAGUCGUAAUACUGAUGAUUGAACGACAGGACAACUUUCCAAUGGAAGUGAGUAAAGGCUAGGUUGGGUGGAGCGCUCUGUAGCGACAGACACACCUUUAGACCAAUGAUCAGGCCAAUUCCAGUAAGUAGGCAUGCUCUUUAGCUGAGCGACAGAUCGAAAGAACUAGUGAUCGACGUGAUAUCUGAGCCGCGACCAACCGGGAGGGCGGGUCCCCCUGGAGAAGGGCUGCGAGGCGGGAAGAGGGGAAGUGGGCGGAUCUCCGCACAUCCCGGCGGAAGAGGCAGAUUCAGGAAGCCAUUACGCAGCUGGCUGGCAGCAGCUGGGCCGGUCGGGGCUGGGCCCUACGCACUUUGCGUAGCAAGGGGGGUUACCAAAGGCCUGGUACUUGGCCUUGAACAAGGCCGGCCUAUCCCCUGUAGGGGGGGGUGGGUGAGGAGAAAGGCUGAGGAAGGCGAGAAGGGGAAUUGGGGCAGUUAGGGGAUUAUAGUUUCUUUAAAAAGCAAGGUAGGGAGAGGCCAUGGCCGUCCCAGCCAAGAAAAGGAAAAUGAACUUUUCUGAGCGAGAGGUGGAGAUCAUCGUGGAGGAGUUGGAACUGAAGAAGCACCUGCUGGUGAACCACUUCAACGCUGGGGUCCCUCUGGCUGCCAAGAGCGCGGCAUGGCAUGGCAUCCUGAGAAGGGUCAACGCCGUGGCCACCUGCCGCAGGGAGCUGCCUGAGGUCAAGAAGAAGUGGUCUGAUCUCAAGACCGAGGUCCGUCGCAAGGUUGCCCAGGUCCGGGCGGCUGUGGAGGGUGGCGAGGCCCCAGGGCCCACUGAGGAAGACGGAGCUGGUGGGCCUGGGACAGGUGGUGGCAGUGGCGCUGGUGGCCCAGCUGUAGCCCCCGUACUGCUCACCCCCAUGCAACAGCGCAUCUGCAACCUGCUGGGUGAGGCCACCAUCAUCAGCCUGCCCAGUACCACAGAGAUCCACCCCGUGGCCCUUGGACCCACGGCUACUGCAGCCGCAGCCACGGUCACCCUGACACAGAUCCCCGCAGAGACCGCCUAUCACACGCUGGAGGAGGGAGUGGUAGAGUACUGCACGGCCGAGGCCCCCCCACCCCUGCCAACGGAGGCCCCCGUGGAGAUGAUGGCCCAGCAUGCCGACACCUCAGUCAAGCCACAGGCGCUCAAGAGCCGCAUCGCCCUCAACUCAGCCAAGCUGAUCCAGGAGCAGCGGGUCACCAACCUGCACGUGAAGGAGAUUGCCCAGCACCUGGAGCAGCAGAAUGACUUGCUACAGAUGAUCCGUCGCUCCCAGGAGGUGCAGGCCUGUGCCCAAGAGCGCCAGGCUCAGGCCAUGGAGGGCACCCAGGCGGCCCUGAGCGUCCUCAUCCAGGUCCUCCGGCCCAUGAUCAAAGAUUUCCGCCGCUACCUGCAGAGCAACAUGCCCAACCCCACCACUGCCUCUGACCCUGGACAGGUGGCCCAGAAUGGGCAGCCGGACAGCAUCAUCCAGUGAGGGCAGGGGUCGAGCCAGCCUUCCGCUGUGAAUGGAUGACACCACAUGGUCUUGUAAGUGGGUUGUGUGGUUGGCCUCAGUCUAGGCCUGGCCAUGUGGACGGCUCCCAGUCUGACAGACAUUUAGGGGUCCACGGUUUCCGAGAAAUGAAGCAGACUGGGAAGAAGAAUUUGUUGGGUUCCUGGGACCCAAACUCUCUUCCCCCUACCCCUUGAGCUGUCCUGCUAAGAACCUGAAGAUUGGAUAGGUGGGGGUCAGGUGCUGGUGAUGGGACCCAUAUUGUCAUGAGCCAGGGCUUGUGACAUGACCCAGACUUGGACUAGGACAACUGUCGGCCCUCACUGGGGACCACCUCACAGCUUGGGGGUCUGAGCGGAAAUACCCGCCCCCCACCCAGGUGCCAUCCUUUGGAGUAAGAUAACAUCAGUGGUGCUGGCAGUAGCACAAAAACAUCUUCUUCCUCCCCUUGGGAGGCAGAGUGACAGCUGGGCCUGAGGAGGAAACCCCACCCUUUUCUCCUUCUCACUGUGCCUCAGUUCUCAGGGGACUCUAGUUAGUGCCGUGCUGUCCCCCCACCCCACUGCACCCGGGCACAGCAGGGGCCCUGUUAGUGCCCUGGGCUGCCCCUGCUGUACACCCAGGCUGCAGCCCGUGGGGCUCAGGAAUUCUGUGUGUGGUGGGGACAGCUUGGUCGCCAUCUGGUCUUCCACUGCGUCCCCGCGCAGCCCUCUGGUGGUUUGUCCCAACAGCUUUUGACUCAGGUCGAGUAUCAGGCUUUGGGUGCUGUAAAUUUUACUUAUUGCCCCACUGCAGUGGGUCUGAGGUGACCUGCUGGCUCCUUCCGGAAGGCUUGCUGCAAGCCGGUUGUAUUUAUUCUGUUCACGAACCCCUCUGGGGGGAAGCCUGGGAAGGCUUCCGAGGGCAGCUCUGGCCACGCCCUUCCUCCUUUCCUCUCUACUGACUGUGCAUUUCCAAAACUCAGUGCAGAAAACAGCCUGCUCAGCAUCUCACCCUGGACUCCCUUCUCACAGUGUUCAGCACCUUGUGUUCUUGUGAGACUCCCACUGACUGGUGAGGUGACUCUGAAGGCCUGAUUGGCCCUGAAUGUAUGCAGUGGGAGAAUUGAAACUGACCUAAGAAGUGGGACCUUGGACUUCUGUGCUCGGGGAAGAGCAGACCGACCUCGGAGUGCCGGAGGAGGUGGUGUUCACUGUUCUGUCUUGAUGCGCUUCCUCCCCAUGUGUAAGGACUUUACCCAGAUGGCAUUUGUCUGUUUCAUUUUCAGAAUCGCCAUCAAUUACCGAGACCCUUGCAUCUUUCCCGAUCAUUUCCCAAGUUUGCCAUUUUGCUGUCGAGGCCUUGGCCACACGUGACCGAUGGUUAAAACUCAAGGCUCCAGGGCUUCCCUGGUGGCGCAGUGGUUGAGAGUCUGCCUGCGAUGCAGGGGACACGGGUUCGUGCCCCAGUCCGGGAAGAUCCCACAUGCCGCGGAGCGGCUGGUCCCGUGAGACAUGGCCGCUGAGUCUGCGCGUCCGGAGCCUGUUGCUCCGCAACGGGAGAGGCCACAACAGUGAGAGGCCCACGUACCGCAAAAAAAAAAAUAAAUAAACUCAAGGCUCCAGAUCUCAGCUAAACAACAAAGGUGCUGCCCUUCUGGGCACGUUAAGAAUCGCUCAGCUCCACUGUUGCAAUUCUGGGAAGAUGCCCCCAAAGAUGGUUGGGAGGUGACUGCUUUACCACCAUCCUCUCUGUGGGGUACAUGUGCAGUGCCAGCUACAGAGCAGUGGAGAGGAAUCAGGCCGGUGAGGGAGUUGGGUUGCAGAAGGAAAGGUCUUCUCAGUGUGGCUGGAAAGCAGCAGCCCCUGGCAGCCUGGGUGCCCUCCCUCCAUGGUGCCUGAUGGCCCCAUCAGGGUAGCUUCAGGGACUUCCUGAGGGUUUGCAGCUUUGUUUCGUUUUUCUCUGGGGUUGGCAAUCUGAGCCAGUAUUGUGUCUGUUCCAACUGGGUAUAAAGAGGAAGCUUGGAUCACUUCAACUGACUGGUUCUUUCCAGAUCAUAAUUUUAAAUUAAAGAAAUAUCACCUUUUUUGAUAUACAUGUCUGUGUCUUCAUUGGUUAUAUAUAGAAGAGAUAGGGGCUGGCAGAGCAGAGGCUCACAGGUCAAAUCCGGCCCGCCCACCUGUCUUUGUAAAUAAAGUUUUAUUGGAACACAGCCAUACCCCUUCUUCUGCUUAAUGUCUGGCUGUUUUUCUGCUACAAUAGCAGAGUUAAGUAGUUGUGACAGAGUAUCUGGCCCACAAGCCAAAAGUAUUUACUCUCUGGUCCUUUCCACAAAAGGCUGCCUAUCCCUGGUUUAGGGCAGUGUCUCAAACUCUGGAUGAGAAUUACAUGGGGUGUUUUUAAUAUAACCAAUCCCUGGCCUCAUCUAAAACCUAGAAGAGACUCCUGGAGGGAGAGCUCUAAGAAUAUGCAUGGUAAACAAGUUCUCUGGGUGAUUCUGAUAUUUUCUGAAGGUUAAGAACUUUGGCUCAGAGACUGGAAGACAAACAGAUGGAAUCAGGAUAAUGCCCCAGGGAGGGCUGGUUCUCAAGAGUUUCUGUUCAACAGUUGAGCGGUCCUGCUAAGCAGAGAUUCUCACUUGAGAUUGGCCUUCAUUCUAGAGGGAGCCCAGCCUUUCUGGACACAGUUAUCACUCUCUCCAAUAUUUAGUGAUGAUAAAAACUGACAGUUACCGAGCCCAGGUGUUAUAGGCAUUACCUUAUUGACUUCUUGCAACAGCCCCAUGAAUCAGGUACUAAUGCUGUUCUCAGUUGACAGAUAAGGUCACUGAGGAUCAGAGAGGUUGAACAAUUUGCCUAAAGUCGCACAGCUAUCUUAUACCCUGGGGUGGCCCAUCUCUUUAACCGCUGUUCUUUUUUUUUAAUUUAUUUUUUAAUUUUUAUUUUUGGCUGUGUUGGGUCUUCAUUGCUGCGCGUGGGCUUUCUCUAGUUGCGGUGAGCGGGGGCUACUCUUCGUUGCGGUGCAUGGGCUUCUCACUGCAGUGGCCUCUCUUGUUGCAGAGCACGGGCUCUAGGCACGCAGGCUCAGUAGUUGUGGCACACGGGCUCAGUAGUUGUGGCUCACGGGCUCUAGAGCUCAGGCUCAGUAGUUGUGGUGCACAGGCUUAGUUGCUCCGCGGCAUGUGGGAUCUUCCCGGACCAGGGCUCGAACCCAUGUCCCCUGCAUUGGCAGGCAGAUUCUCAACCAUUACGCCACCAGGGAAGCCCAACAGUCAAGUUUUUAAUCACUUACUGUGAUGAUAUAAGCAAGAGGGGAAGUGCCAGCUCUCCCAGUGUUGCAUUUUUCCCCAUGGGACAGUGCUGGGCAGGGUCAGAUGUGUUGCAGAUGAGGAAUCAUUUCACUGUUGAGGGAAGCCCCUGCUUUACAGACUUGUGUGUGUGUUGGGGGAAUGAGAGCAGGAAGGGACAGGAAUGAAAAAGUACGGAGUCAGAGCAAAGUGUCUCCCCACUCCUCCUGAUAUGAAGGUCUUGGCCGAGGCAACUGAGACCUCAGAAUGGAAGCUCCUGGGCUAGGAAUGCAGCUUUGCAUAAGAGCACAUGAGGCCUUCCACAUAAAGCCUUUGAAAUGGCCUGUGAUUGGGCCUGAAAGAUCACACAUUGGUUUGUGGCCAGGAGCUAAACUCCUCACAAGUGUGUCCCAGGUCUUUGGAGUCAGCCUGCUUCUUACUGGCUGUGUGCCCUGGCAUGAGGUCAUUUACUUUCUCUAAGCCUUGGCUUCCUUAUCUAAAAAUCCUUCUCUCACGAGGUUGAUGUGAGAAGUUAACAAGUUAAUGCUCACAGAAUACUUAGCACAGUGCCUGGUGCAUAGUAGUUGCUAAAUAAUGGUACCUGCUUCAGUGAGCUAUUGCUGUGUAACAAAUCACCCUAAAACUUAGAGGCUUAAAACAAUAAUCAUUUAUUUGCCCAUGAUUUCUCAGGAUGAGCAGGGCCCAGAGAGAACAGCUUGUCGCUGUCUUGUCAGUGUCGGCUGGGGCAGUUCUACUGGGCCUGGAGGCCCAUCCACUUUCCAGAUGGCUCCCUCACACGUCUUGUAAGCUGAUGCUACAUGAGGGCUGGGCACUCUGCUGAAUCUGUCAUCUGGGGCCAGGGGUGGGGUAGGCACCUCAGUUCUCCUCUACCUGGGCCUCUCCAUGCAGCUGCUUGGGCUCCCUCACAGCAUGGUGCUUGGGGGUUCCGAGAAUGAAGAAGUGGAAACUGCUGGUCCUCUUAAAGGUUAGGCUUAGAUCUGGCCAGCAUCACUUUGUAAUAUUCUCUUGGUCAUGCAAUCCUAGGCUGGCCCAGAUUUGGGGGAACGAAGGAAUAGACUCCAUCUCUGUCUUCUUAAAAAAAAAAAAUUUAUUUGGCUGGGCCAGGUCUUAGUUGCGGCACGUGGGAUCUUCGUUUGCCUCAUGUGGGAUCUUCGUUGCGGCAUGCGGGAUCUUUUUAGUUGUGGCAUGCGGGAUCUUUUUAGUUGCGGCAUGCAGGAUCUUUUUAGUUGCGGCAUGCAGGGUCUAGUUCCCUGACCAGGGAUCGAACCUGGGCCCUCUGCAUUGGGAGCAUGGAGUCUUAGCCACUGGACCACUAAGGAAGUACCUGGACUCCACCUGUUGAUGGAGGUGUGGCUACUGAUACAGGGAGAGGAGGACCUGAUGGUGGCCAUCGUUGGAAAUAAGCUAACAUGCUGCUUUUAUUAUAAAUUGGUGUCAGGACUCCAGACCCACGAAAGAUAAUCUCUCCUCCUCAUUGAGGACUGCUUGCAGUGUACCAAUCAGGAUGCAAGGGAGCUCCCCAAGUUUUGCAAGGGAAUCUAUUGAAGUUAUUCCAUUUCCUGUAGCUUUGAGCGAAGACAUUAGAGGGAGAAAGUAGGAGAAAAACGUUGGCAAGACCUGGGUCACUGACUCUUUUUACCCUGGAAAUCUUUAUACAUUAGAAAGGAGUCCGGGGCUAAGGUGGGGACCAUCUGUGCAGACCCACUUGGAAAUCUCACUGAAAAGACUUCCUGACUCCGGGAGACAUUCUAGACAAUCAGUUAGGGCCUUGGAGGGUGGCAAGGUGGCUGUUGAGAGGAACAGGCAGGGACAAACUCACUCUCUUGGUUAGAGAAGAUGAGCUAAACUUGGUGUGGUAUUUACAAAGGGGUACGUGGUUCUCAGAAUGACCUGUCCAGAGACAGAGGCCUAGAGACUGAGCUGCAAUGUACUGGUUCUCUGCUGACUCAGGACGGUCACCCUCUCUGCCCGCCUCUUCCUGGGCAGCCCUCAGGGCUCAGCCUGGAUGUCACUAGCUCAAGAGACCCUUCCCCACCCCACCCCCAGCCCAGGUAGGCUCCCUGCUGCUGUGUACUCCCAUAGCCCCUGCCGUCGGCUCCCUAACUCUCAUCCCACGUGGACUUGCUUGUUUUCCAACUGACCCCUCACUGGGAGCCUCUUGGCUUCAGCGACCUUGUCCACUUUGUUACCAGCUAUAGCCCAGCUCUGCGAAUGGCAUCGUCCUUCCCCUGGUUGCCCAGGUGACAUCCUUGGUUCCUCCUACUGCCUCACCCCUCACAUCCACUAUCUGUUAAGUGUCCUCCGGAUGUUCCUUAAAUCUGUCCAAUGUCUCUCUCUUCCCAAAUCCAACCCUGCCUGUUCUCUCACCUGGGUUGCCCACAGCAGCCUCUUCACUGGCCUCCCUGCCUCCAGGCCUUUCUGAGGAUGGUCUUUUGAAGCAAAUCUAACCAGGCUUCUCCCUGUUCUAUCCCUUCAGUGACUUUCCUUAACUCUUGAAUUGAAGUAUAAGCUCUUGAACGUAACCUACAGACAUGGUCUGAUGCUGCUUCCUACUUUGUACUCCUUUCCAGCCACACUGAAAGUUUACUUCCUUGUCAUUUAUAUCUCAAUAAAACUGGGGGGUAUGGUCGGGGGCAGAAACAAAAGAAAAUUUACUUCCUUAAAGAUGCUGGGCUCCUUCUACCCUCCAAACCUUUGUCUGCUGUUCCUCUUGCCCAGAACAACUUUCUUGCUCAUCUUUCCUAAUUCCUAUUCAUCCUUCACAUCCAGCUUGGGCGUCAGGGAGCAUUAUUCGGUCACACCCUGUGUUUCCUCCCUCACACUGUGCUGUAAUCGCACUUUUAUUUUUUAAUUUAAUUUUAUGUUUUUUUAAAUUAAUUUUUAUUGGAGUAUAGUUGAUUUACAAUGUUGUGUUCGUUUCUGCUGUACAGCAAAGUGAAUCAGUUAUACAUAUACAUAUAUCCACUCUUUUUUAGAUUCUUUUCCCAUAUAGGUCAUUACAGAGUAUUGAGUAGAGUUCCCUGUGCUGUAGGUUCUUAUUAGUUACCUAUUUUAUGUAUAGUAGUGUGUAUAUGUCAAUCCCAGUCUCCCAAUUUAUCCCUCCCCCCUUUUUAAAUUUUAAUUUUAUCGCACUUCUAAAUGUUUGGGUCCUGCUAUAGGAGGGUUUCUCAAGCUCAACAUAGUUGUCAUGUUGGGCUGGAUCAUUCCGUGUUGUGGGAGGCUGUCUUAUGCGCUGUAACGUACUUAGCGGCAUCCUGACCUCUGUACACUGGAUACCAGUAGCAUGUCCCCCCGCUCCAGUCAUGACGAUCAGAAAUGUAUCCAGACAUUGCCAAGUGUCCCAUGGUGGGGAGAGCAAAAUCACCCCCAGUUAAAAACAGCUGUCCUGGGAAUUUCCUGGCAGUCCAUUGGUUAGGACUCGGCACUUUCACUGCCAUGGCCUGUGUUCAAUCCCUGGUUGGGGAACUAAGAUCCUGCAAGCUGCCCAGAACAACCAAAAAAUAAAAAAGAACAACUGUCCUACGGCAAUAACAUCUGUCUUAUAGUUUCCUGUCAAGUACAUGGCACAGUCCCUGGAUAUCUAUUUAAUCCACAUUUUUGUAAAGUAAUUUUAUUUAUUUAUUUAUCUAUCUUUAUUUAUUUAUGUUUUGGCUGCGUUGGGUCUUCAUUGCUGCUUGCAGGCUUUCUCUCUAGUUGUGGAGAGCGGGGACUACUCUUCAUUGCGAUGCAUGGGCUUCUCACUGCAGUGGCUUCUCCUGUUGUGGAGCACAGGCUCUAGAGUGCAGGCUCAGUAGUUGUGGCACAUGGGCUUAGUUGCUCCACACCAAGAGGGAUCUUCCUGGACCAGGGCUCAAACCCGUGUCCCCUGCAUUAGCAGGCAGAUUCUUAACUACUGAGGCACGAGGGAAGUCCCUAAUCCACUUUUUAUUGCGGUGUGGGUUGAAUUAAAUGUCAACAGCAUUCCCAUAAGAUGUUUUGUAUUUCCCCAUUUGAUAGAUGAAGAGACUAAAGCCAGGACUCACCUGGUGGCACAUCGUUUGUAAAAGGCGGAGCUGGGAGUCUAUCCCAGGUGUGUUUGGCUACACAGCCUGCUCCUUAUGAGUCAGCCUCUCAUGAGAGGCUGAGCGUGAAUCAGCCUUCUGGACCUGUGGCCUGGACCCUGGACCUGUGACAGAUGUGUCAGGAACCCCACCCUGAGUGGCCCUGCCCCACCUGAGUGUUGUGACUUUGGGCAGGUCACACCUCCCCGCUGGGCUGUGGGGUUUCCCCUCCUGUGCAGCCCCCUUCUGCUGAGAGCUGAUGAGAGGAUUAAAUGAGAUAAAUGGAGUAGGUGGGUGAUGCAGGGGCUGUCUGUGCCCAGGAGCUCCACACAGAGCCUGGCCUGUGAAAGGUAAUGGAUAUGAAGAGAGGAAGAGGCAGGAAGGGGCCUUCCUGAGGACCCCUGACAGCACAUUCUCCAAGGAUUCUGUGGAUCCUGAGGCCUACAGCCUACAGCCACUCAGGUAAGAAUCCCUUGGCUCAGAUAACAGGUUCCUGCCUGCAUCUGCAGGAGGUUAGCUAGAUAGAGGCUGUACUCUAGGCUUUAGGCAAUCCUGACAGGCAGGAAUGUGGGCCCGACCUUCCAGGUAGUCCCUUUUUACAAAAGCAGCCAGAAAUCUGGGCUUUUAUGAGAAAUCUCCCAGUUUAAAUAUUUCAACUACUAAAUAUUUGUAAAGCCUGUGCAAGGCAAGUGAAACACACCUGUGGGCUAAAGUCAAGCCAUGGAUGUCAGGUUGCAAGCUGUACGUCACCCUUUGGGGGCCAGUCUGUACCCCUCAGGAGGAGCCAGAGGAAGGCAGAGGUUGGUAGGCAGGAGGUCUGGGCACCAGAUCCCUCUUUCUCUUGCGCCUCAGUCUCCCCAUCCAUAUGAUGGGUGUGGGCCAUCCUAGCUGGAAUGGUCCGUCCUGGAUACCCCUCCUUUGCCCAGGCUGGGCCUGACUCAGUGGGAGGAUCUGACCUGGGCUCUUUACUUGGCUCCGAGCUGAGUCAUUCAUGACACACGUGGCAGUGAUAGUCACGUGCCACCUGCCUGUCAGGAACCAAGCACAGACGGGGACUGGCCACUGCAGGGAAUGCCCACCAGGGCUGAGGCUGGCAGAACCACUGUUUCCAGCCAGGCCUCCAACAGGGUCCUGUCCAGGUGCGAGUUUGGGCCAAAAGGCCUCCAUGAUCUCUUAUGGCUGUUUUUAGUGCCUGCUCCACACCCAGGGCUCCUCCUGGCUGUGGCACUCUGGUUUUUCUUUGAGGAACCAUCCCUCCUCCAGUCUCAGUCCAUUCAGUUUGAGGGAGAGAUCCCAAUUCUGGGAUCAGUGGUAAGGAUGAUCCCAUCAUCCUUAGGAUCACUGGCUGCAGUGGUA